ACCAAUCGGACUCCGUCCGGUCGAUCCUGUUGCUACCGGAAGGCAGCGGCCGCGGACUGCAUGGGAACACUCGCUGCUAGCUAGCUACAAGGGAACAUUGACAUCGAAGCAGCUUCGAGAUAACACAAAACAAAACAUGGCAGAAACUGAUGUUGACAACGAGCUGCUGGACUACGAGGAGGAUGAGGAGCCUCAGGUAGCCCCCGAGAGCGUGGCCCCCGCUAGCAAGAAGGAGGUCAAGGGGUCCUACGUUUCCAUCCACAGCUCUGGCUUCAGAGACUUCCUGCUCAAACCAGAGCUGCUCAGAGCCAUCGUUGACUGUGGAUUUGAACAUCCUUCAGAAGUCCAGCACGAGUGCAUUCCUCAAGCCAUCCUUGGCAUGGACAUCCUGUGCCAGGCAAAGUCUGGCAUGGGUAAGACGGCCGUGUUCGUACUUGCCACGCUGCAACAGAUUGAGCCCGUGGACGGACAGGUCUCGGUCCUGGUCAUGUGUCACACGCGAGAGCUGGCCUUCCAGAUCAGCAAGGAGUACGAGCGCUUCUCCAAGUACAUGCCCACUGUCAAGGCGGCCGUGUUCUUCGGUGGCAUGGCCAUCAAGAAGGACGAGGACGUCCUGAAGAAGAACUGUCCCCACAUCGUGGUGGGCACGCCGGGCCGCAUCCUGGCACUGAUCCGCAACAAGACCCUGAACCUGAAGAACGUCAAACACUUUGUCCUGGAUGAGUGCGACAAGAUGCUGGAGCAGCUAGACAUGAGGCGUGACGUGCAGGACAUCUUCCGGCUGACGCCGCACGAGAAGCAGUGCAUGAUGUUCAGUGCCACGCUCAGCAAGGAGAUCCGUCCCGUCUGCCGCAAGUUCAUGCAGGAUCCCAUGGAGGUGUUUGUGGACGACGAGACCAAGCUUACCCUCCACGGCCUGCAGCAGUACUACUGUAAGCUGAAGGACAGCGAGAAGAACCGAAAGCUGUUUGACUUGCUGGAUGUGCUGGAGUUCAACCAGGUGGUGAUCUUUGUGAAGUCGGUCCAGCGUUGCGUGGCGCUGUCCCAACUGCUAGUGGAGCAGAACUUCCCUGCUAUCGCCAUCCACAGGGGCAUGGCUCAGGAAGAGAGGCUUUCUCGCUACCAGCAGUUCAAGGACUUCCAGCGACGCAUCCUGGUGGCCACCAACCUGUUUGGCCGGGGCAUGGACAUCGAGCGCGUCAACAUCGUCUUCAACUAUGACAUGCCCGAAGACUCUGACACUUACCUCCACAGAGUGGCUCGCGCCGGCCGGUUCGGAACCAAAGGCCUGGCAGUCACCUUCGUCUCAGACGAGACGGACGCCAAGACGCUCAACGACGUGCAGGACCGCUUCGAGGUCAACGUGGCCGAGCUCCCCGAAGAAAUUGACAUUUCCACCUACAUUGAACAGUCCAGAUGAGCCACAUGUCCAAGUGGGCUUCGCUGAAGACUACCCGGCCCUCAGUGUUUGUUCUUCUAUGAAAGAAGAAAAACGUCAACGUUUUAGAAGUUUCUCAACGUACUGUGUCCCUUUGAAAAUUGUAUUGAUGGCGAUAACCUUUUUAUUUUAUUGUCACCCUCAUGGGUGUAUUUGUUUUUAAGUUCAUUGUCAUUAUUGAAUGCGGUUUUUGGUUAAGGAAAUAAACCUUUUAUAUCGUU